AUGUUCCUCUUCCGAGGGGCAGCGCUGCUGCUGCUGCUCCUAUGCCUCGUCCAAGUCGCCCUCUGCGUCGGGGACUACUACAAGGUCCUGGGCAUCAACAAGUCCGCCUCCGACCGCGAGAUUAAAUCCGCCUACCGCAAACUCAGCAAGAAAUACCACCCCGAUAAGAACCCUGGCGACGACACCGCAAAGGACAAGUUCGUCGAAGUCUCGGAAGCCUACGAGGCCCUCAUCGACCCGGAGACGCGCAAGAUCUACGACCAGUACGGCCACGAGGGCCUCAAGCAGCAGCAACAGGGCGGCGGCGGCUUCCACCGCCACGACCCCUUCGACGUCUUCUCGCGCUUCUUCGGCGGCGGCGGCCACUUUGGCGGCCACGGCCAGCGCCGCGGCCAGGACGUCAACGUGCGCAUCGGCAUCGCCCUCCGCGACUUCUACAACGGCAUCAACACCGAGUUCCAGUGGGACAAGCAGCACAUCUGCGAGGACUGCGACGGCACCGGCUCCGCCGACGGCACCGUCGACACGUGCGGCGUCUGCGGCGGCCGCGGCGUGCGCAUCGUCAAGCACCAGCUCGCCCCGGGAAUGUACCAGCAGGUCCAGAUGCAGUGCGACGCCUGCGGCGGCCGCGGCCAGAGCAUCAAGCACAAGUGCCACACGUGCGGCGGCGCGCGCGUGGUGCGCAAGCCCACCACGGUGCAGCUCACGGUCGCCCGCGGCGCGGGCAGGGACAGCCAGAUCGUGUACGAGAACGAGGCCGACGCGAGCCCGGACUACGUGGCCGGAAACCUGGUCGUCACGCUGGCGGAGAAGGAGCCCGAGCUGGGCACGGAUAACCCCGAAAAGGUCGACGGCACGUUCUUCAGACGCAAGGGGGAUGACCUGUACUGGACCGAGGUGCUGUCGCUGCGCGAGGCGUGGAUGGGUGACUGGACGCGCAACCUGACGCACCUCGACGGGCAUGUGGUCAAGCUGGGAAGGGAGAGGGGCCAGGUUGUGCAGCCGGGACAUGUGGAGACGGUGCAGGGCGAGGGCAUGCCAAAGUUCCACGAGGACGGCGACAGCGUCUACCACAAGACGGAGUUUGGCAACCUCUUUGUGGACUACGUGGUGGUGCUGCCGGACCAGAUGGAGAGCGGGAUGGAGAAGGAGAUGUGGAGCGUGUUCCAAAAGUGGCGCGGCAAGAUUGCCGUCGACCUGCACAAGGACAGCGGAAGGCCGGAGAAGCCCCCUGUGCACGACGAGUUAUGA